CAGCAUCAAUGUGUGAAUAAUAUCAUCAAUAUUUCAUUCUCUACAUGGUAUCAGAGCUAAUUCUUUAAACAGAUUUUUUUUUUCAUCGCCUCACUCCUCUUUUGCCUAAUGACAUCUGAUUCCAAUUCGACGGCUUCAUCCAGCCCCAUUCGGAUGUCUGCGUCAAAGCAUUUUCCAAUCAAGCUCACCAAGUCCAAUUACCUCGUGUGGCGGCGUCAGGUUCAAACCACCCUCGUCGGUUUAGAUCUCCUUGGCUACGUUGAUGGCACGCUCAAAAUGCCACCUCCCUUUCUUGAUGCUGCCCACAAGCAGCCAAACCCUGCAUAUACCUCUUGGUAUCGUCAGGAUGCGAUUAUUCUUAGUGCAAUUCUUGGAAGUUGCACAGAUCUUGUUCAACCGUUGAUCUCCCUUGCUGAAACUGCAGCGGAUGCCUGGUCUCGGUUGGCUAAAAAUCUUGCCAAUGCGUCUCGUGGUCGGAUUAUUUCCCUCAAAUCUCAGUUAGCGAAAAAUCCCCGCGGCAAUCGUACCAUUGAGGCUUUUAUUUCGGACAUGACAACAAUUGCGUCCGAUCUUGCCUUGGCCGGCAGUCCUGUCUCUGAUGAGGAUCUCUCUGUUCACAUCAUGUCUCAACUUGGUGAAGACUAUUCUUCCCUCUAUCAGUCGCUACGAGGGUGCAAUGCUGAUGUCUCUAUUGAUGAACUCACUACUAUCUUGAAGGACUGUGAGCGUGAAAUCCUUGCUCGCUCUGCCGUCUCGGCAGACUUAGUUCCCACUGCAAAUCAUGCUCAGCGCAUGCGCAACAGUGAUCGUGGUGGAGGUUCUACUCGUCAUGGUUCUUCUGGUGUUCCUCGGGGUGGUCUACGUGGACGUGGCAACUUCAAUCCGAGUCGUGGAGGUCGCUACUGUCAGUUUUGCGACCUGGCAAGCCAUGAUACCCGAUUUUGCAGAAAGCUUCAACGCUUUCUCCGUGACAACAAUGUUACUAUCGCUCCUUCACGUCCGGAUGGUCCUGCGGCUCAUGUCACUGUCUCUAAUGACUCUACUGGACAGCCGAUCCCUCCAUGGAUUGUGGACAGUGGUGCCUCUCACCAUGUCUCUAAUGAUCCUGCCUCGCUGACUUCCUUGAUGGAAUACGGUGGACCGGAUGAAAUUCGUUUGGGUAACGCUCUUGACUCCUUCCCAGAUGUGCUUGGCUCUCCUUGUUUAUAGCCUCUUUUAGUUAGUCUUCUGUAUGUAUAAAUCUUGGUCAUGUACGUAGCAUCAAUGUGUGAAUAAUAUCAUCAAUAUUUCAUUCUCUACAUUGUAAACCGUCAUGCCUAGAAUGUAUGCCAAAAAACUGCUUCUGAAAUC